AUGUCUGACCAACCAUCUUAUGUGGCCUUCUUCGGAGUCAUGGGGGCGACUUCCGCAAUGGUAUUUAGUGGUAAGUGUUCUGUGAUUAAUAAUAAGUCGUGAAUCUUCUAGGCCGAAAUUGAUCUUAUGUAUGAACACUCUUUAGCUUUAGGUGCUGCUUAUGGGACGGCCAAAAGUGGAACAGGGAUUGCUGCCAUGAGUGUGAUGCGACCAGAACUCAUUGUGAAGUCCAUCAUUCCAGUAGUUAUGGCCGGUAUCCUCGCUAUCUAUGGUCUUGUUGUAGCUGUUCUUAUCGGCAAUGGAAGUGAGUAGGCUUGAUCAUGCGAUGAAACCUUGUUAACCUCACUCACCGUACUGUCAAACUGUUGCUUGUUAAUAAAUAUUUUUACAAACAAAACUAAAUGAUCUUUUUGUCUAGGCAAAAAUGAAACUUUUUUUUGUUUACAGGAGUAGUCUCAUUUCAAAAUGUCGACUGAAAACAGUUUUUGUCAUCUGCAUGAAGUCAUGACUCAGAAAUGUUUUGUACACAAAAAGAACUUUUUGCAUUUACUACAAAGUUUUUUUUAAAUUUUGAAUUUGUUUUUCUUAAGACUGGUGAAAAGUUACUAUGAACAUAUUACACACCAAGUGUAUUUACUGUUAAGCUUACGUUUAUUUUUAAAUAAUUUAAUAGAAGAUGGUGGCUUUUCUAGACACAGAUAGGUUAUAUACCCACGUGACUCAUAGGAGCAUUGAAAACACACACAUGCAAUUUCAAAAUAAUCGGCAAGAUAGAAAUUGCAUGAAUUUAAAAGCUAUAAGCAAUGUAAAUACAGAAACAAAUUUCAGUUAUGGUAAUUUAAUGGCCAUAUAUAAAUAGCAUUUGAGCUAACUGAUCUACUCUACUUCAUAAACCGUUCAUAGUAGCUGGUUUUUGAUACAAAGGGAAUUAAGAGGCCUGCCAGCUCACACUUUUAACAUGCCAGGUUAAUUAUCUUACUCAUGGGAACCAGUUGGGUUUGGGGGUGGUUGACAUCAUCCAUCAUAGAAAAUAUAACUAAAUUAGCAGGGUUAUCUUUAAAGUGCUGGUAACCAGUCAAAAAACUAGCUACCUUUAAUUUUGAGCCACGUCCUCUUUGGGUAUAAAGAGUAAGAUACAAGAGUGAGACCUUAAAAUUACUUUCAGCAAUUGUCGAUUGCCAAGCUGCCCACUUUUACAUCCUAGCUGUCUACUUCAAAACUUAAUGAGAACCCUGAAUAGACACUGCAUGUAAAUUAAUCAAUGGCAGAAUUAACCCUAUAAGCCCUCCUUCUCUAAUAACUCCAAUAAAUGGAACAGGCUCUGGUACUUUGUGAACACUUCUUUGUGGUGUAGUCUUGCACUUUUGUUGGUAAUGAAUGUUAAGUGAACUGGAGUAUGCUCAUAUGUCUUUACACACUACCUUGGACAAUGAGAGUACAGUUGACUCCUGAUAACUUGAAACUCGUGCUAACUUGAACCAAAGUUGAUUUCCUUUAAAUUUCUUUCACAUGGUUACUGUAACUUGAACCUUCUGCUAACUUGAAGUAAUUUUUGUUUCCCUUCAGACAAUUGCUAUAUAAUUUUACCCUCGAUAACUCGAAUCAUGUUUUAAGCACGUAACAGGUUAAAAACAAAAAUUACAGACUGAAGUUUAAAACAUUUAAUUUAUUUAUAAAUAAUAGUGUCAAUUCUUUGUCUUUACUUUUAUGUCACUCCAAUUCAAAUUCAGUGUCCAUCCCUGUAUAUUAAUCAGGCUUUGUUGUUUAAUUUUCUUUUCAAAAUAUUUAUUUAUUUCUCUUGCUGCCCUUAACGUGAAGUUUGCAUGAUACUUGCAUUCUCUCUCAAUCCAUUCACUUAAUUUCUUUUUUAUUUCUGGUCAUUUGCUUCAUACUCCCUAUAACUCAAACUUUUUUCAAGAAGAUUUGAGUUAUCUGGAUUCAACUGUAUUCACAAGACAAAAUGCUCACUCUAAUUGGGGGGGUCGGGGGGGGGGGUUAAUACUAAAGCCCCUUGCAAUUUUAGCUCAAGGGAGGGUGUUAGGAACUGUGACAAACUGAUGUUUUGUGUUCUUUUGCAGUUAGCACCGACUACACUCUGUACAAGUGAGUAUGAUCACUUCGUUAAAAAGAGUUUCAUUAAAUGGUUAUCCAUUUUUUUUUUUAUUAUUUGGUUCCACACCAUUUAUGUUAUGUAAACUGUACAUUUAGUUUUGUUAGGUUAACUGAAGGUAAUCAAUGUACUUGGAGUAUAUAAAGACUUGUAGCACGAUACACAUGUACAUUAGUGGUUGCUCCAAUAUAUUUUCCUAUAUCUUUGCAAGCUAAUGACGGAUUUCGUUUAAACUUUCUACCUUACUUCAACAAGGAUUGUAGUUAAGUGAUAUGUUAAAAAAAUAUCAUUUGGAAGAACCUAGGAACAAAAAAAUCUUGAAGAUGAAAGAAAAUAGUUACAAAAUCUGCGUGUAACGCGUAACAGCUAAUUUGCAUGAAAUAGUUAAAAAAGUAAAAUUUCACCCUUAACACUAUCUCAUAAAGAAAAUUCAACAGAGCAGAAAUAUUAAAUAGGAAAAAACGACACCAUACGCAAAAUUACAGUUCUCUGCAUUUAUUUUUCAAAUAACGAGAAUUAUAAUUCUAGGGACGGUUUCCAUUAAGUGCCUGUGUAACGCUCAAGGUCCAACAGCGCUCCAUGCCUUACAAAUAUAAGGCUAGCGACUUCCAAACGCACCUACAAAAGAAGAUAAUUCGUCUGAGUAAAGUUCAUAACAUUGUUUACCAUCGAGUAAGAAAGGUUUUUAAAGAUUACUCACGGCGAUGAAGAAAUAAAGAAUUUUCGUGUUCGGAAACUAAACUGUUGUGUACUUUUGAUGUGUGAAAUUAAAUAUUACUUACCCAAAAGAAAACCUGUAUCUCAGCCUCUAGUUAACAACGGUCGCUGAUACACAGCUGCAACACAGUUCAGUUACUGGUCUUCAAAUCCUGGUAAGGUUUUUAGUCUUCAGUAGGCUUAAAACGAAGAAAUUCUACAAAUGGUGAAUCGGAAACAUAUUUCCAUUUGAAUGCCAUGUUUGUCUAAGCGUAACGAUCGAAUUACCACCACACUCGCAGCAGAAAACUUCCCAAAUGAAACUUGAAUUCAAGCCAUUUUCCAGCCGAAAUCCACAAGAAACAUCGAAGGAGUCCUGUGUAACCUCUCCUUAGUAUCUGGGGGUGUUUUUAUAACAAAUCAGGGGCAAAAAGCGGGAAAACGUGAGGUAAAAAUAGAGUGGACGUCACGAUUGCGUUACACAAUACCGAGAUGAAUACCGAAAAGAAAAGCCUUUCAAAUAACUGUGGAGGGAAGAAAAGAUCAAGAAAAAGAAAGAGGCAGACAAAAAGCACUUCGAGCUUAAUAAAUUUGUUGUAUUUUAGCGAUAAUAGUCAUGCUAAGCAAGCCAAAAAGUCAGAUGCCACGCCCAAAAAGGAUUCUGGGUAAUUUCUAAAAUAAGCUGUAGACAAGAAUUAUACCAUGAAAAUUUUCCAAAUAUGUUUCUUUGAUGUUAAUUACUUAAUAUCUGGCAAGUAAUGAUGGUUUGGGAAUAUUUUACUCAUUUUCAUAAAAGUGCCCUAUGUUACACUGAUGUACAUGUGUAUCGUGCUACAAGUCAAAGUAAUCAUAAAUUCCUAUUUCCAAAGGAUAAAGCACUGUAGAGGUAGUUUUAAAGUGAACUUAACCAGUACCUCUGAAAACACUCAAAAAGCAAAGGGAGAAAGUUGAACAAAAUUGCAUUGAAACAGAUUUCUCAGAACACAAAAAAUCCAUGUGCAUUAACUGUUGCUAUUCAUUGAUCAUGAAAACUAUUCUUCCUCAUAAAGCAUGCUUCAACUCAACUGUAAAUUUUAAUGAGCAGUUUAAGGACUUGUCAUCCUCACUCUAUGUGCAAACAGACACUACAACUCCCAGCAUGCUGGCCCAACAAUGUUAAGAGUUUGUGCUUCCAUUUGGACGUAGCUGAGCGUUUGACUGGUUUCAACACAACACCAUUCAACAGGAUUUGCAAACAGACCCAACAUGUAACGUCCAACAGUGUUGGGAGUUAUUGACCAACAAUAGCAGAGAUUUAGCUUCAUGUUUUUGGGAAAUGGCAAACUUGAAUUUUGUGCCACGUGACCAAGUUUGUUCUUGACUUGUCUUUGAGUAUUCUUUACUAACUUGUAGAAUAUAAUUAGUAGUUUCACAUUAUUUUCAUCCAUAAGAAUCAUUUUAGACUGUUUUAGUCUGCUCAUUUCCUAUGUGGAGAAAUCUUCAACUUAACUCUGCUGUUUGCCGUAAACGUUAAACUACAUCUCUCUAAAAUGAUGCACACUGUGUAUUCACAUGUUAAGUGCAGCUUAGGCAUAGUUAACUAUUAAUGAACAGGUAAACCCUAGGGCAGAGGGCUCUCCUUUUUUCUGAUAAACUUUGCAACAACUGCACCCAUAGAAAUCCUGUGUUAAUUAGCUUCCCUUGGGGACCCAAGGGUAAGAACUUGUGCAAACUUCUUUCUUCCUCCUGGGGAACUUCCUGUUAGGUCCAUGUUCACUACUGUACAUUAUGUAUUCAAAACAUGUAUUUCAGUGCUUUGACCGUUUGGUUCCAUUAAUUUUUUGCAGAAGUUUUCUUGAUUUGGGUGCAGGCUUGAGUGUUGGAUUCAGCGGUCUAGCUUCAGGUUUUGCCAUUGGUAUUGUUGGAGAUGCUGGCGUCAGAGGAACAGCUCAGCAGCCUCGUUUAUUUGUUGGCAUGAUUCUUAUUUUGAUUUUUGCAGAAGUUCUGGGAUUGUAUGGCCUGAUUGUCGGCUUAAUUCUAGUCACAAAAAAUUCUUCGUAA